GCAGGGCUCGGAAGGCCCGGGUAGCACCCGCCACCAGCAGGGAAGGGGCUGCACCCCAGAACCUGGCCCUGGCCGUCUGCCUGUCAGUGUUUAUCACGUUCCUGGUGGCUUUCUGCCUGGGGGCUCUCACCAGGCCUUAUGUGGACAGGCUGUGGCAAAGGUGCCGGGCCAGGCGCCCUGGCACAGACGCCGCGUACUCCAAUGAGGGCUUCUAUGACGAUGUGGAGGCUGCAAGACCUGCCGGCCUACCGAGGACCCACCUGGGCCAAGCCUCCCCUGAUCUGAACAUCUAUGAGAACCGGGGCCCUUUCCAGGUGACGGAGCCGAGCCCACACACCACUGUCCAUCCCCACAGAGCCCUGGACAUGCACAGAAUCAAGAUUGAUGGUCAGCAGAGCUCAAACCCAUGGGUGGCCGACCCCAGGACAGGAGGCAGAAGGGACAGUGUAGCCCACUCCGUCCUCUGUGGACACCCAGAUACCAGAAGCCAGGAGCCCCAGUCAGCCGCAGAGGACCACAUCUACAGCAGUAAAAAUCUCGGAGAAGAAACUCAUGAAAUGGUGGCCCCAGAUGGUCCUCUCAAUGCAUGCUCUGUGGGCAUCUCCUCUGUGACUGGCUCAGUGGAGACAGACUCCUACUCAGCCCGCAGUGAGCCCAGUGAAUAUGCCCCGGCCCUCAUCAAACAGAUGGCAGCUUCUCUUUCUAGAAGGUUGACAUAUACAGAGGUGCUGAGACCUGGGGAGAGCUGGGAGGGAGGGGGCGCUGAGCAGUCACCCCCAGAAGCCACAGACCCGCAGGGGAAUCUUCCCAGGGACAUACCUGGGACCACUUCCAGUCACUGGCAUGAGCCUUCAGCCUGCCCCAGUGCAGGCCCGCACAGUGAGCCCAGAGACAUGGGCCCACUGGCCAUCACCCCAGGACAGGGCAGUGUCCUGGCUGUCCCAUGGGCUGCUGUCGGUCCCACGCUGGAGAGUGAUGUCGACUCUGAUGAGGGAUCCCUGUUCACGCUGAGCUCCACGGGCUCUGAGGAUGCUGGGGCUCUGGCUGAGGACGAGGUCCUUGGUGGGGAUGACUGGGGAGCUGGGGAGCCCCUGCAGGACCAGCACUCAGGGGAGGGCAGGGAUGGUGCAGCGGCCACAGCAAGCCUUGAGGACCACAACCCCUCCCAGAGUUUUCUAGGGCAAUGUGAGCCUCUGGAAGGCCGGUCUGAAACCCUGCUCAUCUCUGGAUUAUACAAGACUCAACUGGAAAAUGCCCCAGACACUGAAGCAUGUGAGGACCCACUGUCCUCGCCCCACUCCCCUGGGAGCCACCCGCCACAGGAUCAGGUUCCUGGUGUGUUCACGUACGGUGAUGACGCAGAGCCUCAGGCCCAGGUGGCAGAAUGGCAUUGCUCGCUGAGGGACCUGGAAUUUGCAAAUGUGGACAUUUCACCCUGA